ACGGGAUGGGUGGAGAAUACGGUGGUGGCUCUUCAGGAUCAAAGACCAUCAUUGGAGGGGGAAGCAGUGGAGGAUACUCAGGUUGUGGCAUGGGAGGAGGAUAUGGUGGUGGCUCUUCAGGAUCGAAGAGCAUCAUUGGAGGGGGAGGUUCCUCUGGAUGCUGCAGUGGAGGCAGCUACGGGAUGGGUGGAGAAUACGGUGGUGGCUCUUCAGGAUCAAAGACCAUCAUUGGAGGGGGAGAUUCCUCUGGAUACUGUGGUGGAGGAUACUCAGGAUAUGGCAUGGGAGGAGGGUACGGUGGUGGCUCUUCAGGAGGGAAGACCAUCAUUGGAGGUGGAGGCAGUGGUGGAUGCUACGGUGGAGGAUCCAGCUAUGGGAUGGGAGGAGGAUACGGUGGUGGCUCCUCAGGCCAGACCAUCAUCAUCAGCUCUGGAGGUGGCGGCGGAGGCUCCUCGCAGCAGAAAUGUCCCAUUGUCAUCCCCAGCGUGGUGUCCCACCAGAGCAAGCAGAGCUCCUACUGGCCCUAUGGCCAGCAGAAGUAACAGCCCUGGCCAGCUCCAAUUCUGAGUCUCUGCCAUGGCUCCUCCUUGCCUUCAGCCCUGGCUCUGCUGCCUGGUCCUUCCCAACGUGUCCUCUCCGGUCCCCUGGACGCUGCACCCUCGUGUGAGAUCUCCAGGAUUGCCCUGCUGUGCCCUGCUCCUGGUGCCGGGGUGCCUUUGAUAAUGUUCUGCCACUUUUUACACCCAAUAAAUGUUACAAUUGCUCAAACCUGC